CGUCGAAGCGUCGUACCCAGAAGCCUUCUUCGGCAACAAGAAAGCCCCCGGGUCUUUCAGCACCAGAGAGAGAGAGAGCUCUGCUUUUCUCCGGCAUUCUUCAAGAACACUUCCAUUUCAGAGCCUCUUCUCGAUUCUCCAUUUCCUCUCCAUCACACUCACUCCUUCGAAGACGGCAUGGGAGACAGCCAGUAUUCUUUUUCUCUCACCACUUUCAGUCCUUCCGGCAAGCUUGUGCAGAUCGAACACGCCUUGACAGCGGUUGGAUCUGGUCAGACAUCUCUUGGUAUCAAAGCUGCCAAUGGUGUAGUCAUUGCGACUGAAAAGAAACUACCUUCUAUCUUGGUUGAUGAAACAUCUGUUCAAAAGAUACAGUCUCUGACACCAAAUAUUGGAGUUGUUUAUAGUGGCAUGGGUCCUGAUUUUAGAGUUCUGGUCAGAAAAAGUAGGAAGCAGGCAGAGCAAUAUCAUAGACUGUACAAGGAACCAAUUCCGGUCACCCAACUUGUGAGGGAAACAGCAGCUGUAAUGCAGGAGUUCACCCAAUCUGGUGGAGUAAGGCCAUUUGGAGUAUCUUUGCUGGUUGCUGGGUUUGACGACAAUGGUCCUCAAUUGUACCAGGUGGAUCCAUCUGGUUCAUAUUUCUCUUGGAAAGCCUCUGCAAUGGGGAAGAAUGUUUCUAACGCCAAAACAUUCCUAGAAAAAAGGUAUACCGAUGAUAUGGAGCUUGAUGAUGCAGUGCACACUGCCAUCUUAACCUUAAAAGAGGGAUUUGAAGGUCAGAUCUCAAGCAAAAACAUUGAAAUUGGAAUAAUUGGCACGGAUAAGAAAUUCAGAGUACUAACCCCUGCUGAGAUUGAUGAUUACUUAGCUGAAGUAGAGUAAGCAAUAUGUUUUUGCCUGCGAAGGUAAAUUCUUUUAAAAGACAACAGUGGGUGUUUGGUUUUGAAGUGAAGUAGCCUGGCACUGCCUGUGAGCUUGAUGAUGCCUGGCACUGCCACUGCGAAGGUUAAUGAAGAAAAAUUGUAUGGACAUUUUAGGUUUCCAAUACAUCCACCAUUGUAUGUUAGUUAAGGAAUUAUGCAUGCAUGCAUGCUUGGAUUAGAUGCUGUGAAGAAGGUUUCUUGUUUUAAAAUUAUUAAGUCCAGAUUGGUAACCAAAAUUAUGGUACUUUCUUUCA